CUAAACCUCCCUAAAACCCUCUUCUUCCUCUCUCUGCUCCCACCACAGUCACGACUGUCACACACACACACACACACACAGAGAGAGAGAGAAUGGCAGUCUCUCGCCUCCUUCAAGCAAAAUCAGGACUUCAUUUGCAAAGAGACUUGUCAGCCCAACAAGGUGGUUUUGCUCCACCUCUUCCAAUAAUGGCGAUGCCCAGAAGUCAUCGCAGUCCAAGAAACCCAGUGCGGCCAAGGAACAGAAGACUGUCGCUGUUGAAUCAUUCGUGAAGGAGUAUUUUUGUAUUUUAGGGCUUGACUGCAAGGAAAAAGUGGUGGCCUGGAAGAUUUCAACUCUAGUUUCCUGUUAUUGCAAGGGGCCCAUUAUGUAUAUAUUUAAUGAACUCUACAGAUGAGAAGAAACUUUCUUAAAGUUGUAGCAUAGAAACCAUAAUGGAUACCAACUCCUGCAAAAUAGAUAUAUGGAAACACAUCCAGGGACCUUCCCUAAAGCAACACAAGUCCAGAACAAAGUGGGAGGAUCAUGGUACACAUUGAAAGACAUUCUUUCCAACCUAAAGGAAAAGAUGUCGCGAAAUCCUCUACUUCAGAAUCAUGCUACCCAUGAUGCAUCAGAUUCUACAGUUGAUGCAACAGUUUCGGAGGUUAUUACAACUCAUAAUAAUAAAAAUCUUAGAGAACUUGAUGAGGCCAAAAAUACACUGAUGAGUUCUAAAUUUAAUCAGGACAACAUUUCAUCAACUGCAAUGUCCUGUAUGUCAUCUACGAAUAUGAUGAAUGCAACAGCUUCUGAGAUUGUUCAAGCAUGCAGUAAUACAGAUAAUACUGAUAGUAUUGAACUUAGUGGACCUGUAAGUAUAGCUCGAUCAUCGAAAUCCUCAGUGGAUUCGGACGAUAACGAGAACAAAACUACCGAUUCAACAUCUCACAUAUCAGAGGAAUGUUCUGCAGACUCUGGCAAUCUAGUAGUUUUCAAGGUUAUUAAGAUGCAUAAUUCUCCAGAUUGUAUCAAGGUUGCUGAACCUGCAUGUACAGCUCGGUUACCUGAAGCUGAAGUGGUUUCUCAUGAUGAUGAGAAAUGUAUUUCAACAUCUCAUAUUGUCAGUGAAAACUCUUCUGAGGACCUGGUUCGAUCAAAUAACACUUCAGACAGUUCAAAGAUGGUAGAGUCAGAGAAUGGGCUUAUGAAACCACAAAGAGCAGUCUCAAACAAAGUAACAUCGCAUGUUACUUUGAAUGAAUCGGCCACUACUAGACACCGAAACCAUCAACCUGAAACUGAAAUGAUGACUUCUGGCUUUAGACCAAAUUCAGGCUCUGAAAUGGGAAGUAAGCCUCCUCUAUCAUUUUCUGGCACCCAAAAGAUUUCCAGGUUAGCGGACCUUUUCAUAAGGGCAAUGAAUGACCGAGCAACAGGCGAGAUGACUGGUGAAAAGAACGACAUUGUGGCACCCAAUAGUUCUGAAUAUUCAAAUGACCCAACAGGAAAGGGUAAGGAAACAAGUUCUCAUAUAAUGAGUUUAAUUGACUGCAUCAAGGACCUACCUAGAGAGCAACGAAAUAUGAGAUCUCAUGGCAAUAUUAUGUCCAAUCAGACUGAUCAAACCAGCAACAAAAGUGUGAUUAGAGGGAUGCAACCUGAGGCUAAUUUGCAAAGGUCUGACAAUAAGGAAAGAAAGACUUCAUUGAAUGGCCACGAUAUUCAUUUGGAGACCAACAACUUCAGCAAAAGUGAGGGUGAUUCAAGAACAGGGGCUCGCUUCGAAGUAUUUAGUACAAAUUCUAGGAGCGAGGAUGGGGAAGGAAGUGAUGCAGAUAUUGCAUCCUUUGAUUGCAUGAAGUCAAAACCAAGCCCACAGGUUUUAUGUCCAAUGAGCAAAGAUGACUUAAACAAGACUCAAAAUGAAUUUUUGGCUGCAAAAGGGUCUGAUCAAAACAAAGUAUUAGUGAGGUUCUUGCAUAAAGAUGCUGAAAAGAGUGAUAUAGGUUCAAUAUUCAAGGAUUGUGGGUGCAUUACGAAGAUUAAAUUUCAUCCUACAAGAAGCUCAUUGAAAAUUGCUUGCAUUUACUUUAAGACGAAGGAAGGGAUGCAGAAAGCUCUUGAAAAAUCUGAUCUGAUUGUUAAGAAUAAAACUGUUGUUGUUGAAGCAACUUGUUCCACUGAGAACAUGCCUAAUAGAACUUUAAUUCCUGACUUGAUUGGUGAUCCUGAUGUUCCUGCCUCAUUGGUGAAGAAUCCGACGCGAACAGUGAUGAUCAAAGAGUUGACUCCUGACAUGAGCUCACAUGAGAUUAAAAAAGCUCUUGCCUUCUGUGGGAGCAAUGUAUCUGGAUUUUUCUUUGGUUCUUCAAGUUCUACUACUUACAUGGAAUUCGAGACAGAAGAAGCCAAAGAAAGGGCACUUGAAAAGCAUUCAAUUAAUGUGUCCGGCAAGAAGCUAUUAAUCUUCAGGAUUGAUGCACCAAGAACAACAGUGGUGAGAAUGUCAACCCUAGGCAUGGAGCAUCCGAAAAAGAAAAUCCCCUCUAUGUGCGAGACUUAUGGGCAGGUCAACUCUGUAUCUUGGAGAACCGGGGGUGUUGUGGAUGUGCAUUUCAAGAUAGCCGAAUGGCCAAACAUGUUAAAGAUUCUUAAUGAAUUAAAUGGAUUGCAAAUGGACGGUAGCCAAUGGAUUGCUCAACCAGCACCGGUCUUCCCUGCAGAUGUUCUCCAUGUUCUAUGGAGUCACCCAGAUGAAAGAAGGCGUUUGAAAACUCAGAUUCACAGAUUAUUGCAAAAGCUCUAUCCUGAAGUUGGGUUAACUUCCAUGACAAAUGAAUACUAUAGAAUGAUUAUGAAUGAGUGAACUUUUACACAUAUUGAUCCCACAAAGUAGAUUUAUUCUUUGCGAGGGUAUGCCCCAGCUGGACCUGUCUACUUGAAGAUGCAUGGAUAUCAUCAUAUAAGUCUCAACUCUUUAGUGUAAUGUAAUGUUGAUUUUGCUCUA